AUAAUUUCAUCAAUGAUCAAAAAAAAAUCAAAAAUCAAUAACAUUCAAGAAUGAAGUUCCAUAUUGUGUUGUAUUGGGCCCUUCUCUUACUACUUAAUAUAGAAUAUAAUGACGGCCGUGAAACCAGCACCAGCACCAGAAAGCCCGCGUAUUACCUUUACAUGACACCAUUUCCCGUACGAAAACCUUUAAAUCGAUCAUCAACAAUAACAAUUUCGUCGUCUAUAACGCCAACAUAUUAUAAACCGAAUCCUGGCUAUGAUGCGUACUGGACAGGAGGACACUGGAUUUUCGGGACCACGACCACCGCCGGCGCUAGAACUACUUCGACGAGAACCAGAAUUCUCGUUUGUAAUAAGCCUUGCCCCAUAGCUUAUCGAAACAUUGGGCCAGUAUGCGCUCAUAGAGCGGAUUCUGUAGAUACCACAAAAGCGGCAGACAUAGUACAGAACAACUACAAAGGACGAAAGCCGACCGACCGUUUCCCAGACGAUAAAAUCAAACUACAUUUUAAAGAGUUUAUUACUUAUUGUCAUUUUUUACAAGCCCAAUGCAGAGAUAAAAUUUGGAAUGGCCAUAUCUGGGUCUUUAUUCAUGUCGGUAAAUGUAUUGAAGAUGAAGAGAUAGUUUUGGACAUAGACAGUGAUAAAGCUGUUUUCGACCGAAAAGCAAAAACUCUGGAAAAAUAUGUAAAACACAUGAAUGAUAUGAAUAGUAUGUACACUAAAUCAAAGAUUUCAAAAUACGUUGACUUUGUUCCUGAGCAAUGA